AAUACCAACAUUCAGAAAAUAGGACAAAAUGUCAGGCCGACAGCUAAAUAAAAAGAAAUUUGAUCGCGUUGAACUUUGAAGCUGUGAAAUAAAUUAAAAUGACAGUCCAGCAGCUUAGUUCGAAUAUUUCUGACGAGUCGGAGGAUAUGGUUAGCUUACCUCCCGAAGAAGAAACUUAUAGGCGAAAAUAUCAGUUGUUAUUGGAACGAUGUGAAGUCUUGCAACAGGAUAAUGAACGAAUAGUGAAUAGGAUACACCAAGCGAAGACAGUAACUAAGCGGUAUCGUAAGGAUAUCAAAUUGUUGAUAGAGAGGUUGGAUAGGCAUAGAGAUGGGUUUAGAACAGCGUCGAUGGAAGUGGAAUCGAGACCCGAGGUGAUUGUCAAGCCAAAUCGCGCCACGAACAAACCCCAAACUAGUUCAAAGCAAGCGGAGAAGCAAACCACAGCAGGUGGCAAAAAACCUGGACCUAAGAGAAAAAGUAAAGCUGACAAGCCUGAAAGAGAUCCAAAUGCACCAAAAAAGCCUUGCAAUGCAUUUUUCAUAUUCUGCCAAGAACAGCGACCACUGUUAGUAGCAGAAGCAAAUUCUGAGAUGGGAACUGAGCUAUCUAAACCAGAAGUGACCAGACAGCUGGCUUCCAGGUGGAGAUCACUUAGUACGGAUGAGAAAAGGGUAUAUGUUGCUAGAUUUGAAAGAUCAAAGGAAAAAUAUGUUGAAGAAUUAUCUGCAUAUAACAUCAAAAAGGAACAAUGACAUAAGUCCCCUGAUACCAACUAAUUUUAAUGUGAUAGUCAGCUUUAAGAUAGGCUUAUAAUAAUGAAUAAUUUUGUUGUAAUAGCAACAAGAGAACUGUAGUUGAUUCUGCAGAAAUGUUCACUAAGAAAGUUGCAUUUGAGUUAGUGGUAAAGGUUUCUUAAAUGACAAUGAAGGUUGUAUUUAAUUUGUUCACUUAAAUCUCAGUCUAGAUAGGUAUUUAGGAUAAUAAAUUAUUGUAAAACGUCAUUGAUUGCAUUGAAAUAGAAUCAAAAAAAAAAUCAGCAACUUUUCAGUUGUGCAAUUUUAAUUGUAGGGAAUAAAUGUUUUUUAAAAAGGCUGUAAGUUCACCCUAGACUUUUUUGAGCUAACUUUGCUACUCCAUUCCAAAUUCAAAGGUGGUUUUAUUAUUUUAUCAAAAUCCAUUCAGUAUUUGUCUGGUUCUGAGUUUAUUAUAAAGGCAAGUUUUUGUACAUCAUUCAUACAGAUUUUAGUAAAUUGGAAUUGCAAAAGCUUAAGCCAAUUGAAAAGCAAUAAAUCUAUAACUUUGUAUUUUGAAACUCAUUUUAAACUUGCUACAAAUCUUAAUCUUGAAAGUAAAUAAUUGAGCUUGUAUCAAUAAUACAAAUUCCAGCUUAUGUAAGGAACUGAAUUGAGUUGUUUAACAACAAUAAACAGAAAUGUACUUGUAAAA